AUUGUUUAAAUUACGCCGAUAAACCUUAGGGCUCAAUUUUUCUACGCCAGUUUUAGCUAGGUUUAUCAUACUCUGCUUUUGUGGCUCAAUUGUUUAAUGGUUCCAACUAUUGCCAUGCUUGUUGGUCCUGAUGCUCCCAUUGUUCUAUUGUUUAGGCAAUUUGCAACAUAGAAUCAGUUAUACACUAUACACUAAAAGAGUUUUGAUUUCAAUGCUUAAACUACUUUAACUUUAGUAGGCAGAUAGAAUUUCUCUUCCUCUUUUGAAUAUUAUCCGAAUCUGGAAAGUGGAAGCUUGGUUCUUUUACUUGUCAUAAGAAACAUAUCAGAGACUCAAGCUAGUUCUUUCUUUUUGCUGCUUUUCAAAGAUUCUAUCUCUGAAUGUGCAAAGCAGGACAAGAUGGAAAGUAGAGGGAGCAAAGCAAUGGCUGCACAGAAAAAUGGGCGUUGAUCGAAUCAAGAAAGGAAAAUGGCUUUGAUACAAGAUGUUGAUAAAUUGAAGAGAAAGCUGAGACAUGAAAAGAAUGUGCAUAGUAUACUUAAUACUUGCUUUCUUUCUUGUCAGGAUCAAUACAGGGUGUUUAUUAUUAUUCUAUCAAAUAUUCAGGAACAAAGUCGAAGUGGCUGCGCUAGAACAGAAAAGGCUAGGCAUUGGCGAUGGAUCAGUUGGGAUGUUCUCCUCACUUAUUGUUCGCACAUGCAGGCAUGCUUUGCCCUUUUAUCAUCUUCUUCCAAUAUUCUCCCACCAACUGGUACUAUAUAUAUAGAUUAAUGUUACAAGUUUACUUGUUCAGGCUUUAGUGAAGUUCCCUUUUGAAGUUUUAAACAAUCUAAUUGAAUCUCCAUUUUGAUAUGUUGAUGCUAUUUGAC